GGGACACCUUACAAUCAACCAAGGACACCUUACAAUCAGGCAGGGACCACUGUCUGAACUAACAUUGCUAUCAGUAAGGCGGACACACUAUCCUAUACGCUGAAGAUGUAUUUGUCUGGAGCCGUGCUGCUUCUCUCUCUGCUGGUGUACACUGCUGAUGCCGUCUGCAGCAGAUCUGACUGGAAGACGACCAUGAGCAAGCAGGGGCUGUCCAAGUGUGACAGCGACUUUGACUUCAUCUCCGGGCUGUACCGCGGGGACAGUACACGUGACGACAACCUCAACCUACUGGAGCAGGCCGAAUGCUGCAGCCGGGAGGCGCCGUGGAACAGCUCAUACACACAGGUCGUGUACGCCGACUGGUGGAACUCGUUCGACAAGGGCAACUUCUGGUCUAACUGUCCGGCUGGAUACUUCCUGCACGGUCUCUACAGGAGCAAGGACAACAGAGGUUUGUUGUUUAACAUUGAGGAAGGGCGGUGUUCUAAGCCGGCAGACCAUCCUUUAAGCUACGGACAUUGUUACGACGCGGACAUCUCAACGUGUUUUAAUAACAGAGGACUGUGCAGGUGUAACUCCGGCUAUUACAUCACAGGUUUAUUCCGAGGGGUGUGUCAUAACCUUAACUGUCUUGAUAAGCUGCGGUGUUGCAAAUUAGCUACAGCACCACAACAACUGAAUGAUCUGUACAAGGUGAAGACUCGCAUCAUGGACACGACAUUGACGACCAUGGCUCUGCUGGCACAUUACCUGGGCUACGGCUGGGCCGCUGGAUGCAGAUCACCGUAUGUUGGAGAAGAUUUUAGAAGGAGCGGCGACACGUGGUACGCCGAUAAAAGUGGUCGUUGCGAAGGUCAUUCUAAUGACAGGCGUCUAAACCUGGCUUUUGGUGACUGGAGCUAUGAAAUCAAAGACAUCCAAUACGGAAAUCCUUCAUCCCAAAGUCUGGCAACCGAAACGAUCGACACUGGAACUAUCUACAACAACGACCCAACGCAAGCAACAAAAUCAAUCACACGUUCUGAGACCAGUGUCCGUAGCGUUACACAUACUGUGACAAGCUCCUUUAGCGCAGGCACUGAGUUAAACAUUCAAUUUACGUACACACCUUUUGGCAUUGGUGCUUCUUACGGCUACAAGUUUAACUAUCAAAACUCCAGAACUACCACGGACGAAUCAAGGAAAGAACAGUCAAAAACUUUCACAGUCAGCACGUCGAAAACUCUUGAAGGAAACUCUGCUGCCAAAUGGAGACUCGUCUUGACCAAGACCAGAACUUCCAUGACCUACACGGCUACUAUUUUAGCCAAGUUUUCCACGGAGUUUCAAGGCUUCAUGCGUUGUGGUGGAGGAGCCAACAGUAUCGAUACCAACUACCAUUACCAGUAUCGUGGUCGAUGUAACCGUCCUAAUUUCAACUACAAGUUCGGCGAUUCCAAUACCCCCUUCUACAGGGCACUCAAGCGACAGAGUGAGGAGAGUUCACGACCUUGGCUGUGGAACGACAUGAAAAACGCUUUCCCAAAUGCUCAAAAUGUAAUCAACGACCUGUCGAACGAAAACAGAUACGUCUUCACGGUUACCGGCAGGUUCGAUGACGUCAUCGGAACAGAUAUCCAUCUGUACUGGGAUGCCGUCGGUGUAGGCAAGCGAUCAGCCGAGCGUGGCGAGAAUGUUCCAGAUCAAAUCUACCGGAACUCCACCCACGUGGCCCAGGCUCUGCCUAACGAUGUUCCUCCGGUGAAGCUUGACCCGCCUCAGGUCAACAUCCGGGUAGAGAACCAAGCCAGACCUGAGGAUCUGGCGCCAUCUGGUUCAUAACGAGAUCACUCACCAGAGCUUUGGUCAGAAGUGUAGCUACAGUUACUUCCUUCUAAUGCCUCAAGUUUCUUUCAAUCUCUGAGAAUAGAUUUAAAUAUAAUUAACUUUGUAAUCGUAAUAUUGAGCUGAAAUUUAUUUCUAAAAUUUAAGUAAUA